AUGGAGGUCGUUGGUGUCGUAGCCGCUGUUCCGGGCCUUAUCCAGAUCAUCCAGGCAGUGAUAACGGCAGUUCGUGGGGUAUCAAAAAAAGACGUUGCGCCAAAGGUAGCCCAGAAUCUGAUUCAAAGUCUCCAAAAUGUCGAACAAAUCCUCGAGCGCGGAAAGGAACAGGGCUUAUGGACCAAACCGCAAUUCGAACAGCACAAAUCAACCAUCAAACAGUGGACGACAGAGCUUGUCUCCCUCAAGCUUGUGCUUCAGCCUUCAAACAUCAAGAAAGAGACGCGCAGGUCUCUGAAGAAGUUUUAUCUUGUCUUGACUGAACUCGAAAAAACCCUCAAUGAGUGGUCGACCCGCCUAAGCCAUAUCCAAACUGAGCUCGUAUUAAUCAUGACGCAUAUUCAACAAGAAAUCAUGAAAGAUGUAUUGCACGAAACCGUCACUUCUCGUUUGCGAGCAGAUUUGCAUCCCUGUAGCGACAGCUUUAUUCCCGACAAAUCACCCGGGACCUGCGAAUGGAUUUGGUCACAAACGACGCUCUCUGAUUGGGUCAAAAGCUCUCCAACCAUGCCGGAUUCCUAUCUCAAGCGCACUCUUUGUAUCCAUGGCAUGAAGGGCUGCGGGAAAUCUGUGCUCAUCAAGUCUAUUGCCCAAAAACUUGGAGAUCAAGGCCAGAUCGCUCUCCAUUUUUCGUUCUGGUCUGGUGAUGAAAACCAACGAAAGCUCCAAGACCUCUUGAGAACCCUGGUAUGGCAGACUUUGAGGCGCAUUAAAGAUGCCGACCUUGAGAAAGUAUCCAAGCUAUUAACUCGAAGUGAUGGCAUCGAUAAGAGGAGCCUUGUUGAGGCAUUACGAAUUGCUUUAUCUGGUAUCAGCCAGAAGGUUUAUUGCACCAUCGACGGUAUUGAUGAGUCUUCUGAGGACUGGAACUGCAGUACCGAUGGGUGUCUCUCAACUGUUCUGGACCUGGUCAAGGAUCACACCAACCUUCACGUGCUCCUGGCUGGGCGAGAAGCCUCGUUACGAACGUUUCUCAAAAGAGCUGGGCCAAGACUGGAGAUCACAGAACAUCUCAUACGAGGCGACAUCGAGAAGCUAAUUGCUGCCGAGAUACAUGACUCACUCAAAAGCUACUCACAGGCCAUAAGGGACGAGGCCCAGAAGAGUUUAGAAGCCAAGACUCAAGUUAUGUUCCUCUGGGUAACCCUGGUCUUGAAAGAGCUGAGGCGUUGCUCUAGUGUUGAAGACGUUAGACAAACGCUUCAACAGGUUCCCCACGACCUCGAUCGCGAGUAUCAUCGACUACUUUUGCAACUCAUGAUUCGGACAAAAGGAUCACUAGCAAAGCCUUCGAUAUCGAUGAAGCGUGCGAGAUGUGUCUUGUCUUCCAUACUAGCCUGCCCUGAGCCUAUGACGGGCGAAGACCUAUGCUAUGCAUAUGCCACUCAGGCCAACAUGAAUGGCACAAUUGAGGAUGAUCUCAUCACCAUUGAUGGUAUCAUGGAUGCCUGUGGCGACUUUGUGAGGCUCACAGAAGGUCGUUAUCAUACCAUCCAUGCAUCCGCAACCGAUUUUCUAAUUAGACCAAAGAACGAAUGGGAAUCAGAAGAUGCGAAUAUUUCAUAUUUCCAGGUCGACCUCGCGGAAGCUCAGGAAUCCAUGUCCUUGGCCUGCUUCAAGUACAUCAAGUCUAUAGACCUUGGGUACCCAUUAACGGAUGGAGGAGCCCCAUCAUUACCAUCAAAAUAUAUCUUCUUCCCCUACGUUGCAAGAUAUCUCCCGUUCCAUUUAGCAGCAGCUCUACAGGAGAGUGAACAAGUAAGAAUCGAAACAUCCAAAUUUGUGAAAACACAUCACUUCUGCGCCUUGAUCGAAUUUCUUCUGGCUACGAGUGAGAACUCCCUGCCCAACGACUUCCUUGGUUCUAUGUACUAUUGGGGUGAGAUAUUUGCCAGAAUGUGGAUGGAACUGGAUCAGGCUUUUCAUCUCGAAUUGGACCGUCGAGAAAGAGACUUCGGUGAUCAAGACGAACGCUACCAAUCAUGGCUGGCUUUGGCCUUUCUCAUCCCAGAAAGUGCCCAGAAAGUGCCGGAACAGCAGGCCCGGCCCUUGAAAAGGUUUGCACGCCACAGGAGCGUGUUUGCGGAGAUGAAAGGGAAUGGAAUUUCUUUCUUGCCUCGACAUAUCGGAAACACGCAUGGACCUAUCAUUCAACGAGUGUCUGGAAGUCUUCAGGCUUUGUCCCAGAUUUUUGCGACAUUCAGAAGUACAGGCACAGACCUCCUAGCUGCGUCGGCAGAGUCGAUGCCGGUUCCAAUGCUUCUCCUUGCGGGCAGGGUUGCGAGACAACAAGGCAAUCCACUACUCGCAGAGAAGAUAGCGAUUAUCUCGGUCAAGAAGACAAACGGAAAAGGUGGCAUCUUUGAACUUUGCAGCUUGCUGCUACUUGUAGCAGUGAGAUUCUACUCGAACCAAGAUACCAGCGAAGUAACCGUGGAAAUGGUGCGAAAAUCAGUUCUAAUUGCCGAUCGCCUCCCUACUCUGCCCCAUAUACAGAUGCUCAAGGUGGAGGCCCUCCAAAUCUUGAUCCUUAUUCUGCUACAGCAUGAGAGGAAAGUGGAAGCAGAUGAAUUCAUCCGUAUGUAUGAAGAUCUUAUCGGGAGGUAUCGCAAGGAGUCCAGCAGCCGUGUGUGGGAGUACGGGCUUUGCCAUACCCGAAUUGGAACAGCGAGCAGGACAGAUGCUCUGGAAUACAUGGCCCGGAAGCUCCUAUAUACCGGUAACUACACAGUUUCCGCAGACUUCUCUGCUCAAGCCGUAGGAAUUCUGGCAGACUCAGGAUCUAAACCGACAUCUAAAGACCUGAGUUUGCUAGCCAUUAAUCGAGACUCUCUCUACAAAGCCGGCAAGCUAGAUGAGUGCAUCUCCAGCUGCCAACAACUACUGGACCACUCAACAAAGCUCUCAUCGGAGCCUAUCGUUACAGAUGCUCGAUGGCAAACCCAAAUACUUGUGGCAAGGUGUCUCGCCAUGGCAGUUGAUACAGCAGAGGCCGAUAUGUGGUUUCGUAAAGCGACGGACGAAAUAGCGCUCCUUGGUCCGGAUCAACGACACCAAAAACGUCAAAGUUGGUUCUUAUUUAUGAUGGAAGAUGUGGCGCUUAUGGGGCAGUACAGGCUUGCCCAGUCCAUGGCCCGUGAGCUACUAGAGAUCAAAAGAGUCCCACCAUCCGACGACGAGGAAGACCUGGGUUUUGGGCCGCUCGAGUCACUCGUUUCUAAGCUCAAGGACAUCAAUAGCAUAGACCCUAGCUAUCUGGAAUUCCUCCGCUGUCACUCAUUACUGAUAACAGCACAGGGCGUACGGGACAUGGCUGGAAGGGUCGAUUGGUUCGGACGGCGAUUAUGUUCAAUAUACGACGACCUUGAAUCUUUCAGUAAGAGAUUACCUCUACUCAAGCUCAAGUACAUCGACACAUGCCUCCGUCUUGAUGAUGGAUUAUUCAACGCCAUUGGUGGAUACAUAAUGCUAGGGCGUUUCUUCUUCAACCAAGGAAAUACCGAAGCAGCAGAUAUUGUUUCAUCAGACGCGGCGUCACGUAUUUUCUCAGACAUGUCUUCAGAUGACCCGUCAUGGACAUUCAGAUUAGCAAGCCAGGUCUACCUCUUCGCCGGAAAGUUUGCCAAGUGCAUUCCUUUGCUCUGCCAGGCCUAUGAAGAGUCAUUAAAUGUCAAUGGUGAUGCAGUCUUCAGUUUCGAAAUGGAGAUGGUUUACGCCUUUACGUACAUACUCGGGCUGGAAGAAUUCGAGGAAGAUCUCGAGAAGGUCGACUUGCGAUUAUCGUUUUUGGAAAAGUCCUGCGAGCAUGUAGCGAAAGCCUCUAGGGCUAGGGAUGAGAUAGACCGGUCCAAGGGCUCGGGGUCACAGGAGGAGCCGAGAGACGGCGACCAUGAUGCUGAGGAGAGUAGGAAGGAGAGGAUGGCAGAUCUAAAAGCUCGGCUAGAAGACCUUAAUGUAGGCUCUAUGUUAACCGAAGCUGUGGCUAGGUUGGGGUCGGUGGCGCCAGGAGCGGAGGUCUUAAGCGAGAAUAAUUCCUAG